AUGGCCUAUGAUCGCUAUGUUGCCAUCUGCAAACCCCUGCACUACGGGACCAUCAUGGGCAGCAGAGCUUGUGUCAGAAUGGCAGCAGUUGCCUGGGCCAGUGGUUUUCUCAAUGGUCUCCUGCACACUGUGAACACAUUUUCAAUACCACUCUGCCAAGGCAACAGAGUGGACCAGUUCUUCUGUGAAAUCCCCCAGAUCCUCAGGCUCUCCUGCUCAGACUCCUACCUCAGGGAAGUUGGGCUUAUUUUGGUUAAUGCCUGUUUAUUGUUUGGGUGUUUCAUUUUCAUUGUGCUGUCGUACGUGCAGAUCUUCACUGCUGUGCUGAGGAUCCCCUCUGAGCAGGGCCGACACAAAGCCUUUUCCAUGUGCCUCCCGCACCUGGUCGUGGUCUCUCUGACUGUCAUCACUGUCAUGUUUGCCUACCUGAAGCCCCCCUCCAUCUCCUCCCCAGCUGAGGAUCUGGUGGUGGCUGUUCUGUACGCGGUGGUGCCUCCAACUCUGAACCCUCUCGUCUACAGCAUGAGGAACAAGGAGCUCAAGGAUGCCCUGAGGAAAGUGAUUUCAUGGACAUUUUUCAGCAGCGGUAACAUUGACAUUGCUCUUCACAAAUGA